AUGCGCGCACAAGACUCCCUCGAGAAGGCAUCCAUCGACUCAAAGGACGAGAAGAAGGGCAACGUCCACGUCGCCCUCGUCACCGACCAAGUCGACACCGGUGCGGCCCUCGUCGCUGGCAAGCAUGUCGAUAUCACGCCCGAGGAAGACCGCCGCCUCCGCCGGAAGAUCGACCUGCAUCUCAUGCCGCUCAUGUGCGUUCUGUACUGGAUCCAGUUCAUGGACAAAACCACGCUGGGCAGCGCCGCCAUCCUCGGAAUCAAGACCGCGACGCAUCUCACGACGAACGAGUACAACUGGCUCGGCACGAUCUUCUACCUCGCGUACCUCGCCUUUGAGUAUCCGCAGAACCUCGCGCUGCAGCGGUUUCCGGUGGGCAAAUGGAUGAGCUUGAACAUCUUCGUGUGGGGUGUUGCGCUCUGCAGUCACGCUGCGUGCAAGAAUUUUGGUGGUCUCUUCGCGUGCCGCUUCAUCCUCGGUAUAUGCGAGGGCUCCAUCACCGCCGGCUUCAUGAUCGUCACCAGUAUGUUCUACACGCGCAAGGAGCAGACACUGAGAGUCGGGUAUUGGUUCUUGAUGAACGGCACUGCGCAAAUUGUCAUUGGCUUCAUCUCUUUCGGAACGCUGCGCAUCAAGACGGGCAGCUUCGAGCCCUGGCAAUGGCUGGUCAUCAUCACCGGCAUCCUCACGCUGAUCACCGCGGCAUGCUUCUUCUUCAUGUUCCCCGACUCCCCGACGAACGCGUGGUUCCUCACCCCCGAGGAGCGCGUCAUCGCCGUGCAACGCCUGCAGGCGAACCAGACGGGUGUGGAGAACAAGCGGUGGAAGCGCGAGCAGUUCAUCGAGGCGCUCACCGACCCGAAGACGUGGCUCUUCGCGCUCUUCUCCGCGUUCGACAACGUGCCGAACUCGCUCACGAACCAGCAGCAGCUCAUCAUCGCCAACUUCGGCUUUACGACGCUGCAGACGACCCUCCUCGCGAUGGUCAACGGCUUCGUCGAGAUCACGACCAUCUUCACGGGCGUGAACCUCGCCGCGCGGUUGCCCAACUCCCGUGCGUACGUCGGUACGGUAUACUUCUUGCCGACCAUCCUGGGUAUCCUCCUCGUCAACCUCCUUCCAUGGAGCAACAAGAUUGGACUGCUGUUUGGCCAGUGGUUGACUGGCAUCAGCACGACCGCGUUCGUUCUCGCGCUGUCGUGGCUCACGAACGUCACUGCGGGGCACACCAAGAAGGUCACCGUGAACGCGAUCAUGCUGAUCGCCUACUGCGUCGGCAACGCCGCAGGCCCGUUCAUGUGGCAAGCGAAGUACGAGCCCCGCAACCACGUCCCCUGGCUGAUCAUCGGCAUCUGCUACGCAACCUGCAUGGUGCUCCUCAUGCUGAUCCGGGUCCUGCUCGCGCGCGAGAACCGCCGGCGCGACGCGGAGCCGCGCGACACGACGUACGACGACGUGUACGUCGAGGUCGUCCUCCCCGACGGCUCGCGCGUCGAGCGCAAGGUCGAGAAGGAGUACCUGGACUUGACGGAUAUCCAGAACCGGGACUUCCGGUAUGUCCUGUGA